UCCAAGCCAACAGCUUCCGGUGAUCCUCAGCUGAGUGAGCGAAGGGGAAGUGUUGGUGUUGUCGAGGUCAUCUGGGUUCCAGACGUGCUGCACUGACUUCCAGACUUUCAUCAUGGCUGCUACUGUUAGAGGUUCCGCCCAUGUGCCUAUUCGGGUUGCUGGUGAUGGCAUGGAAACAGAAAAAUCCACCUCAGCGCUUGAACCCAACACAGAUUCCCCACCACGAGGCUCACACACAGCGCCUCUAUUGAAGGUGGCCAGCCCUAAACUGAGCCCCAAAUCUCCACAUCCCUCCUCACAUGCGACACCUCAGUCUCCUGGAGUGCUGCAUUUGGGAAAAGUCACCAAAGAGGCUUGUGCAGAAGUGGAGGCUGUAAGGAUUCUCAUCCCUCGUGCAGCUAUAACCCGCAGCAGCUGUAUAGGAACGAAUGAUGGGAAAGAUGAGACGGGUCAGCAGGGUGAGAGUCAGGGCUCCCCUGCAGUACCUGUGGUCGAGGACUGGAGAAUGCAGCUGGAAAAACUACAGAACUCUGAGAGAAGGCUACUGCAGGACAAAGAAGGACUUUGCAAUCAGCUGCGUGUCCAGACAGAGGUCAACCGUGAGCUUAAGAAACUUCUUGUGGCUUCCGUUGGAGACGACUUGCAGUAUCACUUUGAGCGCAUGGCACGGGAAAAGAACCAGCUGAUUCUUGAAAACGAAGCUUUGGGUCGGAGUCUAGCACACACAGCAGAGCAGCUGGAGCGGAUGAACAUCCAGUGUGACGUAUGGAGGAGCAAGUUCCUAGCAAGCAGAGUUAUGGCAGAGGAGUUGACCAAUUCAAGAGCAGCGCUGCAACGUCAAACCAGGGAAGCCCAAGGAGCCAUUCAGGAUCUGCUGCUGGAGAGGGAGGCCUUCUCGAGGGAGAUGAUCCUCACACACAGAUCCUUAGAGCAGCUGCUCGUCUCUCUUCAGUGGGGCAGGCAGCAGACUUACUAUCCGAGCGCUCAGCCACUUAGCACUGGCGAUGUUGCAGUGGCAAAUCACAAGCUGGCAGAUGCCAUUAACUGCCACUUGUUGGGAAACAACACCAGCAGCAGCAGCGUGUUGAAAAGCGGCAGCACGACAGAUCAACAGCUCUGCAGCACACCUGCAGAGAAAAUGGCUGAAAAGGUGUUAAAGAUUUUAGAUCCCAAUUGCAGUCCUGAAAACGAUCCUGAAUCACCUUUAGGGGAUUCGCCCCCCUCAACCUUUCUGAGCAGUAAGAAGAGCAUUGGAAGAUUUCACCCAUAUACACGCUUUGAGAACAUCACCUUCAACUGCUGUGAGCGCUGCACGGGAGACAUCCUGGUGCUCUAGAGGUCACUGAGGUGUUGCUGCUGUGGACGGUGAAGUGUCAUCCUCUGAGGACGUUGUCAGCUGCUGUCUCUUGUGUAGGCUCUUCCCCGUCAAACUGAUUAUUUCAAAAUAUUUUCAUAUUAUUUAUUUGUAAACGCUACUUUUCCGAGCAGCUUACAGUAUUCGCAUGGCCGGAUUCAUUUUUUUGAAGAAGUAAAAUGAAACUGUUAAGAAUCAUCAACAUUUACAACUUUAUUAUUUAACUCCUGUAAGCCUGUUACUUGCAUUGUAUUUCAAGGUCAUCCAAUUCUGCAGGUUGAUUCAAUUCAAAGAUUAUGACUGCUAAUAUUCUAAGUCAGCAUUUGCAUUACAGUGUUCAUUCGAUCAAUUUUGGGUGAUGUCAGUCUUGCUUUAUUGUGUAUUUAUUGCUUGAAAGUGGAUUCAAAAAACAAUGAGAUGAAUGGUUGAAUAAACAGGAAAAGGUUGAUGAACUUCAUGUUUGCAAGAUCUCAUACAAAAGUCUAAACAUGACCAACUCACUCCUCAUCCAGCCAGUGUUUUC